AUGGCUUUCUUCAACUCUGCUCCACAGUCUUUGUCUGUGGGUCAGACCCCCAGUCACGGCAGUGAGAAUCUGCGAGGAUCUCCCUCGCGAGGGGAUGCAAGCUCCCACGCUAUCAGACAGGCGAAUGAGAUGAGAGUGAGAUCUGUCGAACAUGAUGCCGGCAUGGAUUCAAACUUACACGAGCUUUGGCAAUUCACUCCAACAACUAGGAGGGAUGGCGGCAAACGAUGGGACUUGGCCCGACGCAAAUUCAUUCCCAGCGAUCAAGAGACGCUCAAAGAUCUAGCGAAAACCCUGGAGGAAGAGAUUUCGGUAAAGGAGCAAUACAAGUCUCUGACUUCAAACAAACAGAAACUUGUAAACGAGCUAGUUGCGGAACACAACGAACGUGACCGUCGUUACAGAUGGAGCUACGUUUAUAUAAAUACGGAAACGAGCAGAUUGAACUCUUAUAUGGGACUCUCCCAGGAGAUCACUACCAGAAUGGAAGUCAUCAUUUUGCGAGAACUCCAACACCAGGCUACCACAGCUGGACAACCUCUCAGAGCCAGUUCAGUAGGUCAUGCUGGACUCCAAAGUUCUAGAAGUCCUAAUGGUCUAAGGGGUGGUCAACCUACCUUUGAUGGAUUGGGCGGACAAGCAAACCAUCAGCAUAACAUUGGCAACGGCCCAGGAUUGCCGAGAGCACCGGAAAACAGAGCCUUAGUCAACGCUGGCGCGCCCACGAUGCAUUCACAAACGCAUCCCCAGGCACAAUCGCCAAAUUAUAUAUAUCAACAGGCACCGGUGCAUCCACCAAUGCAUCCACAGACGAAUGCCCCGGUUCAUCUGCAGGGGCCCCGGCCUGCGCAAUCCGCUCCGCAACAGCAUGGGCAUUUGCAAGUACAUCCGCAGAUGCAAAACUCAAUGCCGCAAACAACGAAUCAUGCCAUGCCACAAGGGGCACGAGUUCCUGCGCCACAAGAACAAGGGAUUAAAGGACAAGCGUCUAACAACCACGGACAGAAUAUUCCACAAAUGGCAAACAAUGUUCCGCCUAUGGUGGGUGCUACCAAUCCACGGGCAGGCACAUUUGCUAGGAGUGGCGAUGAAACAAGACAUCCCGCUCAACAAGCGUCGGCUCCUGUAUAUACACGCAACGGUCAUGAAACACAAGCACAGGGUGCACGGUUUGCAGCGGCAGAUCGUCCGCAACGUGAGCGGAAACUCAAUGCCACAGCACCUCCUCCCAGAGUCAUCCAACAAGACCGGAGGAGAACUCACCUGCAAGAGGACAGCAGUGUCAUGACGGAGGAUGAAUCUCUCUUCGACGACGACGGCUACAGUUCUUCAGUCAGCAGCACAGACUCAAUUGCAAAGGGAAGUCUUCACCGGGAGAAGAGAUAUAUGCGUCGUGACAUGGGAGAUCGCGGCUAUCGAUGCCAUUACCGGAAGCAAGGUCAAAAGAGCCAUAGUCAUGCCGGCUAUCCAUCCGGCAGGGUCGAUAUAUUUCCAUCUGCAAGCAGCCAUCGACAGCCGGAGAGCAGGAGGCAUAGGCAUACGAGUCAUCCAAGCGAGCGCCCAGUUACAGUCCAUGAAAGCAAAUCUGACUUUCGAGCGCCAGGUUUGGCUGAGUUGAGUAUGAGUGCAAACGAGGCCUCGUACAGACUGAUGAAGGUCGAGGAAAACCAAAAACUUAUGAUCGAUUCACUAGCUCGUCUCGCUUUAAGCUCGCAUAAGCCAGAGAGUCGUGAUCAUGUUGAGAGAGGAGUGGCACUCCGUGGCAUUGAGCAUGAUAUGCCCCUGGGCCGGCUAUUUGUACUCAUCAUUCCUACUCAUGGUACCAUAUAA